AUGGACGCAUCAAAAACUGAAGUAUUGUCCUCUGAAUCCAGAGCAAUUCCUUCCAGACGAAUUGUUGUCAACGACCCAGGUCAGCUACCGAUGGAUUAUUCCACUACUCCUGGUGGAACCAUAUUCUCUACGACUCCCGGCGGUAAGUUUGUGCGUUGUUUUGGAUGUUUUAAUGCAGAAUUGAGCAAGAUUACACUGUGAAGACCGAUUACGAACUGAAUGCCCCAAGUUUUUAAUUACAGCCUUCGGCUCUGAGUUUGUUUUGAGCUCAUAGACACCUCGAUUUUUAACUGCGUAGUUGGGAAUUUGUGGACAUGCAACUGCAACGCAAGCGUUUUAGUUUGCUGAGACCUUGCUCAAUCCGUAUGGGAAAUUUGGUUGUUUUGCUGCCCCAGAUGUGGAGAGCGUUGAGAUUUUUUUCUUUCCUUAUCGAUACGUGUUUGUUCUGUAAAUCAUUAAACCGUGUUUGCUUCGAGAGUGUACAGUAGGUGUACUUGUACAACGAAAAGUGCUUGCGUUGCCCAACCAACCUUCAUUGUUCAUCGUUCACACUCGUUUUUCUGAUGGGCUUAAGCUCGAUAAAUUUUUAAGAAAAUUUGCCGGUGUAUUGAAAUUUUUUACUUCGAAUGCCUAACCUUCAGAGGUUUCUUUUUACUGCAUGAUAUUAUUCUCUCACGUAAGGGAGGAAAUCGGAAAACAAAAGUAAAUGCUUGGUGUUGUGAUGUCGUCAUAACUCUCUUGUGACUUUCCUAAGUCGUACUUAUAUCAUUGCAAAACAGUCUGGACUGAUUGAUCAGAAAAACCCUUCGUCUCAAGGUUAAUUUUUCGUUCUUUGAACUGAAGAAACUUUUCAAAACGUUUCUCUAGGCCUGUGUUUAUGUUUGGACGUGCUCUGCCGUGGCUCGCAUUGUAUGAGACUCGUCUUUUUGUUUUGGUGAUGUAAACAAUAUCCACGUGUUUUGCAGGAGUUCAAGGUUCCGUAUCUAAUUUGCAUUUCAAAGCUACUUUGAUUUAAUCUAAAAUGGAUCAAAUUCCCUUGUCUGCAAACAAUGAAAAGCAUAGUAAGUUUCGCUUUGAUCAUUCUUGGGACUGGGUUCAAAACACGACUAACCUUACCCGGGUUACAGUAAAUUUUUAAUUAAGUUUAAUGGCUUUGCAAAGGGAUUUUUCUUUUUUGUUUUUUCCCGUUAGUCUCGAGUCAUACUGAGAUAAACCCCAAUACAAUUUUAGCCCUUAUACAUGCUCAUCUACAUAAAAAAUUUAAGUCAAGGUUAGCUUUAAAUCUUUUUUCCCCUUUUAAACAACCUAGCCCAGUACUUCACACAAAAUGUCUAUUCUUACUUCACAGCUUGUUUUGAAUAAUUUUUCUUGUUUUGGUCAGUGUCUGUUUAUUUUCCAUAAGUUCUGUUUUCCAUAAGUUGUAAUCAUCUCGUAUGAUAUGCCUAUUUUAUGGUUCCAGGCUUUGCCUUCUUUCAUCUUAACUUUGGCUUGCUAUAAAGAAAGUAACAAGUUUGGUCAGAUUGUGCUGUGUUUGCCGGUGAAACAUGCAAAAAUUGAAAUUGCUACCUAGUAUGCAUUGUGUGCUUGGCUAACAUCACUCAGCCUCAAUCACUUUUUGUGUUGUCUUUGUAAUUGUGGAAGCCUUAUGUUGCAAACUUUUGGGGUUAGGGAGCAGAACAGUAUUAAAGUGAAAGCUUUUGAUAGCUUCAUGAAUUUGUCAUUGAGCUUAGGUCAGUUGUUAGUUAUCUUGAUAUUCACUGUCCUUGAGGUCUGGCAUUUUUAAUUUUGGAGAAAUUUCAAAUGUAUUUUGAAAUCUUUGGCCAAUAACUUGCUAAAUGCAUGUCUUGAAACCAGCUGUGAACCAGUGCAAUGGGAAAUUGUCGGUAACAAUUGGCUAAGUGAUGGUUCUGUUUUAACUCUUAACUAAACUUUUUAUCAGGAGGUGGCAUGAUGUGUUUACAAAAAUAUAUAUUUGGUAGUAUUUCUCAUUGUUACAUAUAUUUAGAAUUAUUGUAGAGUAGUGGGCAACUUCUGUGAACAGAUCAACUUUUAAUAUUGACAUAUUACACUGACACAUAAGCUUAAAUAAACUACUGAGCUUUACUUGUUGAAAUGAAGUUCCAACACUGCUUCCUAAUUCAUUUUUUGAGUUGAGUGGCCAACAGCUUUGUUUUGAUUUUUUGUAAAACAAUUUUGAAGUUCCCCAGAAAAUUAAAAAAAUGCUCUAAAGCUCAGGUAGGGUUAUUUCUAUUUAAAAUGGUGAGCCUUGUUAUUGUGUGAAUGAUGUCAGUUUGUUACUUUUUAUCUCAUCCUUUGUGGUGUUUAAGUUUACAUUAAGUAAUACCUUGUUUAUUUUAUAGGGACACGUAUAAUAUACGAGCGCAAGUUUCUGCUGGAAUUGCGCAAUUCUCCUUUGUCACGUACGCCUCCACAGAAUCUGCCAAUGAUACCAGGUGUAACUUGUGAUGCAAAGUUGAAGCCAGGGGUUCGCAAAGACAAUGGUGUACAUGGCUCUGAAACAGAGAAUGAUAAGAAUGACCAUGGUAAGGAAACACAUGCUUAA